AGAAUCAGUCUACAUCGAGCCGCGAAGAACUGCAAACGCGCCGUUACUGUGGUCGCGUAGGUCCGUAGAUAAAGUGAUUGACCGCCACGCGCCGUGCCUUUUGACCUAUUUAUCGGUAAUCUGUCAAUUGAUUCUAAAUGUGUGAUUUCUCAAGUGCAAUCUGUUGAUAUUAUCUUUCCCAACCAGUAGUGAAAGUGAAAAGGCUCCACUAAUUAGUAGAUGUGAACAGGAGAAACGGUGAUUCAAUCGAUUAUUGACAAAGUUAUAGCAAAAUGUGUGCACUGUCUAGUCGAGUGUUUACGCAUGACUCAGCUUUCUGAGCCAAUCGAACAACUGAGUUUGAAGUGCUACACGAUGGCAUGCUGACAAAGUAAUAGUCGCAAAUAUAGAAAGAUGAGCUAUCAAGCUAAGGUUUAUCAACAGCAGUAGUUAAAAUUUUAUACCCAAGGGACUAUUCCCUAAUUAACACCUGUGUGGAACAACAGAAAAAAACGUCUAACCAACUAAAGAACCGCCUCACCCGUUCCGGCUCAGUGAGCGCUUUCGGCGUUAAUAAUGGACAGUUCGCGGAAGCCGGAAAAGAAGAAUCCCCGCAAAGGGGCAUUUGUGCUGUCGCAGUUGUUGUACGGCUGGAUACUGCCACUGUUCUUCAAAGGAUGCCGCCGCGGACUGAACAAGGACGAUCUCACCAAGUGCCUCAAGGCGGACAAAUCGGAAGACCUGGGCGAUCGGCUGGAAGAACAAUGGCAAAAAGAAAUUCUCCUGUCCAGAAAGAAAAACCGCCCGCCACGACUUCGUGAUGCUCUCUUCCGAACGUUUUACAAGCAGUGCUUGUUCGAUGGCUUCCUCGUAUUUCUCUUCGUAUUAAUCAAAUCAAUUCUACCAUUAGUAUUGGCGCAACUCCUCAUCCAGUUCCAAACGCCCAUGAAUAUCACCCAUAUGGCGGUACAGGACAGUAGCGUAGCUACAACACUCAGUCCAGUGCCCGACGUUUUCAUCACAACCACGGCGCAUUUUCUGCAGGAUCUCGAUUCCAACCAGUCCUAUGUGGAUCGCGUUCGCCGUAGCAUUGCCGACGGAAAGCAGUCAGCCGGCCAGAACCAUCUCAAAACUGGCGACUAUCGUGACGAUGAUUACAGCGUGAGUCGCGAUGAGGGAUACGAUGACCUCGACGAGGAGGAGGGGCCCACCAAGGAGCGCAAGCUGUCUAGCGCGGCUGACUUCUUCGAGUACGCCUGGAAUGACGCACAGUGGUUGGCGGGAUUGUUGGUGUUUUUGACAUUGCUUGGAUGCUUCUGUAAUCAUCAUUCGGACUUGAGGCAACGACUUGUCGGAGCACGUAUGAGAAUUGCCUGCUGCUCGGCAAUCUACCGCAAGACCUUGCGCAUGUCGAAGAAGGCAGCCGGACAAACACCAGCCGGCUAUCUGAUCAAUUUGUUGUCUAACGACGUCAGCCGAUUGGACUAUGGAUUUAUAUUUCUGCAUUAUGUCUGGGUGCUGCCGUUCCAGGCGGUUUUUACGUGCUACCUCAUUUGGAGACAAGUUCGAUGGGCGGCAGUGGUUGGGGUCGUUGGCCUGUUAUUGAAAACGAUUCCGGUUCAAACGGGACUUGGACGGUUACAGUCCGUACUUCGGAUGCGAGUUGCUAAGCGUACAGAUCAGCGAGUGGGUAUAAUGAAUGAACUGAUCCAAGGUAUCCAGGUGAUCAAAAUGUACGCUUGGGAGAAACCAUUCCACACGGUUGUUUCGUUGGCUCGUAAAAAGGAAGUCAGGCAAAUUCGAUGGGCGUCUUACAUUCGAGGAAUCUAUCUAAGUACGAUGAUGUUCACGGAAAGAUCUACUCUCUUCAUAGCGAUCGCAGCUUGCUACUUUGAGGGUCGAUCAAUUACCGCCGAUAUCGUAUUUCCAAUGGCGCAGUUCUUCAACACCCUGCAAUUAACGGCAGCCAUUUUUUAUCCAUUGGCGGUUUCGCUUGGUGCUGAAGCGUUAGUGUCAAUUGACCGAAUUCAAGAGUUUCUCGGAAUGGAGGAACAGGACAAACGAAUGAUAGGAUUGCAGAAAAAUGACGAGCUCCAGAAAGUAAGCCCCGUUGCCGCUGUGGAGCUUAAUAACGUCUCCGCUAGUUGGGAUAGCGAUAAAGACAAAACGCUGAAAGAUUUGAAUCUCACAGCCAAAACAGGAAAACUGCUUGCUGUUGUAGGACCUGUUGGUGCUGGUAAAAGCUCUCUACUUCAAUUGAUUUUGGGCGAGCUGCCCAUACUAAGCGGAACGGCACACAUCAACGGAGAAGUCUCGUACGGAAGUCAGGAGCCUUGGCUAUUUACGGGAACCGUUCGGAACAAUAUUUUAUUUGGUCUGGAGUAUGAUCGCAAGCGAUAUCAAGAGGUGGUAAAACAUUGUGCCUUAGCGACGGAUUUCGAACAGCUUCCGGAUGGCGACAAGACGGUCGUAGGCGAACGAGGUUCAUCGCUUUCCGGAGGACAGCGUGCUCGAGUUAAUUUGGCACGUGCUGUGUACAAGAAUGCCAACACCUACCUAUUGGAUGAUCCGCUCAGCGCCGUUGAUACCCACGUGGGACGGCAUCUGUUCGACGAAGUUAUGGGUCCCAAAAGUUAUUUGGCGAAACAGCAAGCGACCAGGAUCUUGGUGACGCAUCAGGUUCAUUUUUUGAAGGACGCCGAUUGGAUCGUGAUAAUUGAUAAUGGGAAAAUAUUGAUGCAAGGAACAUAUCAGGAGUUAUCAAACAGUGACCUGGACUUUGGUAAACUGUUAGGAUCAUCUGAGAGAAAUGAAGAUAACCUGGACGUAGAAGAGCUGGAAGAAGUGGUGGACGAAGAUAUUCCAUUCAUUGACGGAGCAAACGCCGAGAGUCACAAAUUGCUCAAGAGUUCGUCUUCCGUAGGGGCACGUGGCUCGAUGUCGUGCGCUUCCAGCAUUGCUGAGGACCUCGGUCGAACUGUCGGUGAAGAUCAAGCAGACGGCACACUGGCUCUGAGGGUGUGGUCUACGUACUUUCGCGCCGGAGGGAAUGUGGUCCUACUUUUGUUCACCGCAUUUAUGCUCGUUUUCUCACAAAUGGUGGUCAGCGGGUCUGACUAUUUUGUAACAUUUUGGACGCGCCAAGAGGAACUUCGUAUUCGUGACCUUCCGGUUCCUUACACCACCGAAGAUCUGCUGAUAUCCUACGGAAUAAUCAUAAUCGGAGUGGUGACUUUUACCAUCUUCCGAGGAUAUCUGUUCUUCAACAUCUGCAUGAAGGCAUCCCGGACGCUGCACGAUCGCAUGUUUGCAAAAAUACUUGCAGCUCCGAUGAGAUUUUUCGAUACCAAUCCAUCGGGACGGAUUUUGAACCGCUUCUCCAAAGAUAUGGGUGCCAUUGAUGAGCUGCUACCGAAGGCGAUUAUGGAUGCAGUGCAAGUCCUUUUGGUAAUGUUCGGAAUCCUGGUGGUGAUUGCCAUGAUGAACCCCAUAUUAUUGUUGGCACUUUUCGGUGCAGUCGUUUUAUUUGCGAUUGUCCUGAAAUUGUACUUACGACCUACGCAAGAUCUCAAGCGAUUGGAAGGAAUCACGAGGAGCCCCGUUUUUUCGCACCUGGCGGCCACUCUGACGGGUUUGUCAACAAUUCGAGCAAACGCUGCUCAGCAAAAAAUCACCGAAGAAUUCGACGCACUGCAGAAUGUGCACUCUGCCGUCUGGCAACUGACAAUGUGCAGCAACGCUGCGUUGGGAUUGUGGUUAGACUGCAUCAGUACGGCCUUUGUUGCUUGCGUUACGUUCAGUUUUAUUGUGAUGAACGGAGAAACGUUCAGCGCCAACGUCGGUUUGGCCAUCUCCCAGGCAAUGAUUCUUACCGGAAUGGUUCAGUACGGCAUUCGACAGACGGCGGAGUCAAUCCAACAAAUGACUUCGGUAGAACGUGUUAUUCAAUACACUGAGCUUAAAUCGGAGAACGACCCACCGAAAGUUCCACCAAGUGAUUGGCCGUGGCGUGGCCAGAUCGAGUUCCGUGAUAUGUCACUUCGAUACGACGCAAACAGUACUCCCGUGUUGAAGCACCUGGAUCUGCUGAUUGCCCCCGGGUGGAAGGUUGGAAUUGUCGGACGGACCGGUGCCGGAAAGUCGUCGUUGAUCGGUGCAUUAUUCCGACUGGCGCCGAUAGAAGGAAGAAUACUGAUCGAUGGUAUUGAUACGGGAGUAGUAUCGUUGGAGUCUCUGCGUUCCAAGAUAUCUAUUAUACCGCAGGACCCAGUGCUGUUCAGCGCAACCAUCCGUUAUAAUCUCGAUCCAUUCAGUCUGUACGAUGACGAUAGUUUGUGGACAGCAAUCAAUGAGGUAGAACUGAAAUCUGCUAUUAGUGGCUUGGACUACAUGGUUACGGAAAGCGGUACAAACUUCAGUGUAGGUCAACGACAGUUGAUCUGCUUAGCGAGAGCUAUUUUGAGGAAUAACAAAGUCUUGGUGUUGGACGAAGCCACCGCCAAUGUCGAUCCUCAAACCGAUGCUCUCAUUCAAAAGACAAUCAGAGAGAAGUUCAAACAGUGCACGGUUCUGACCGUGGCACAUAGACUGCACACCGUCAUGGAUUCGGACCGGAUGCUUGUGAUGGAUGCAGGGGAGGCGCGCGAGUUCGACGUUCCUCACAUACUACUUCAGCAAGAGGGAGGCAUACUGAGGGACAUGGUAGAUGCUACCGGCCCGUCCGAGUCUGAAUCUCUCAAACGUAUUGCAGCAGAAACUUACGCCUCAAUGGACCCUAGUCGGCAUCUACUGAACGGCUUACCCAAUCCUUGGCGUUUUAGCAAGGAAAAUCAGUAGUUACGUAUUGCUUACAAAAGAUUUCUAUAUUUUUCAAUUUUUUUACUCAAUAAGCUUAAAAUCAAACCAAAUUUCAUAUAGGAAGGCAAUACAAGUUUUAAUAGCCAGUAAGAUUCAUAUUUACAUUGUUCGAAUGUAACGAUACCUCAUUGAGCAAUAAACAAGUAUUAUGGCUCUCCA